AUGCCCGUGCUAGUUAUACAAAACGACGCUUUGGCAUCGAAUAUGGAGAGGAAGAAUACGGAACACUAUACACCGGGUGCGGCCGCCGCACAAAGCGGUGCAUCAACGAAACCCACUCGAAGGUUUACAGAGGAGGAGAAGGCGCAAUUGUUGGAGAAUUUCGACCUAGAAGUCGCGGAUCGAGUUGCACGUAUGCGAACCAAUGUUACCGACAUUCUUGAACGUUUCUUAAUCCGACAGGAGAACGAAGUUACUCGAAUACCACGUGCACUGCGAUCUUUGACUGUUGGGGAAUUUGCAGAUAAAUAUAAUGGGUCUAUUUCAGAAUGCUUGCAAGGCAUGGCCCAGGCGCGACUAGAGUCCACCGGAGAUGCAGAUCUUGCGGGGGGCAAGCGAAAAUGGCAGGCAUCACAAAAUACAGAAACUGCUGCCGUCCCUGAUAAAGAAGGGUCGAGAGCACCCAAAGCUGCCCGCAAAGUCGCGCCGCCGUCAUCUGCUGUGCGUCGUAUUGUCCCAGCCGGUUCCCGGACACCGUCCGCCAACCGUACCCUCCACUCGAAUCCCAACCCCAACCCCAAUCCUACACCAUCCCGUCCUCGACUCAACGCCACACCUCUCCGCAAAGCUCCUGCCUUGUCCCGGACAACCACUGUACCAGCCUCGCCUUUCCGAGGAGGCCCUAGUGGGACUCAGCCUGGAUACAAUGCUACAACACGCUCUGUGUCCCAGCCGGUUAUACCUACCGCAUCUACGAAGCCUCCAACAAGCGCAACAUUCGCACCGGUCAUGCCACCAUCUGCUCCCCUUACCCUAGGCGACCGAGACGAGGCGAACAGAUGCUUAGUAUCAACGGCCCAACAAUUCUCGAUCUACUACUUCACUCGCAUACGCCAUCCAUCUGCCAGUUCCACAUCGACGCUAGUCUCAUACGAUGUUCCCUCUUCUACUUCAUCAACUCUCAAUUCACAACACUCCGCCAAGCACCUCACGUCUGCGCCCUCCACUUCGCAAUCACAACUUGAUAUACCCCGGACGCCGUCUAAAAUCCGCCGCACCGCUUCCGCGCUUGUCAUGCUACCUACCACAAGUGGCGAGGUAUUGGAGCUCGACCCACUGGUAGCAAGUCCGGGUGCCGUGGAUGCUUUAGAAGGUAUAUCGGAUAGUGCAAAGAAAAUGGCCAAGGAGGAAAUGGUGCGAUUCGUCACCGAGGCUGUCGCAAAAUGGAACGUCAAAAUUAGUUAG